AUGGAUCCUUAUCAGAAUCCCAAUCCUAAAGCGUACCAGAGACAGAGACCGUUUGUCUCAGCCGGCGAUGGCGGCAGCAGCGGCGGCUCCGGUAUGGCCCAUGAAAAAGACGACAAUAAGAAGAAGAAGAAGCUACUCCACCGCGACAUCGAACGCCAAAGAAGACAAGAAAUGGCUACACUCUUCGCUUCUCUUCGUACUAACCUACCUCUCGAAUACAUCAAGGGAAAGAGAGCUGUUUCGGAUCAUGUAAACGGAGCGGUGAAUUUCAUAAAGGAUACGGAAACACGGAUUAAAGAACUCAGUGCAAGAAGAGACGAGCUCCAUAAAGAAACGGGUCAGAAUUAUAAAUCGAAUCCGGAUCCAGCAAAAACUGGAGCCGGCAAAUCGGACCCAGCGAGUUUGAUGGUGCAACCAUGCGUGAGCGGUUUCGAAGUGGUGGUGAGCAGCAACUCGUCAGGUCCCCAAGCUUUACCACUCUCAAGAGUGCUCGAGGCACUUCAAGAGCAAGGUCUUGAAGUCGUCAGCUCUCUAACCACAAGAGUCAAUGAGAGGCUAAUGCACACAAUUCAAGUCGAGGUUAACAGUUUCGGAUGCUUGGACAUAGCUUGGUUGCAGCAGAAGCUAGUUGAAAAGUUGAUACUUUCGAUGGGGUACCAAUCAGAAGCAUAA